CCAGCAGCAGCUGCGGGUGGUGUUGAGUCCAGCUGCCCUCCUGCUGCUAGCUGAAGUUCCUCAUCUGUGUGUGGAUGAGGUAGUUUGGCGAUUUAUCCGGCUUGCAACACCCCGAAGGCGGUGAUACAUGUCUACCUCUCAUCCACGAGACGCACCAAAAGGAAAUCUCGCAGUUCAUGUUUCGCCAAGAAGUCGGUGUGACGUCUUUUAUUCCAUCUUGUUCGUAUCUUUUCCAACACGAGAAGAGGAAUAUGUCCAGAUAUAACAUAUACAGCCUGUUGGACUUCUACGGCGGGGUGGACCCCAAGUUUGAGGGCAACGGGGGCCCUGAGUGCGCCGCGUUCAUCGCGCCGCAGCAGCGCGUCAGCGAAAGCCUGGUGAUCGUGCUCAUCUCCCUGCUGGAGAUCGGAGUGGCGCUGAAGAAGAUCAACCUCUCCAAAGAGCUCAAAGUGGUGGGAAAAGACUGCGCGAAGGUGAAGGAGGACAGUCUGGGCAAGAACCUGUUGCUGGUGGCGCUUUGCAUGACUUUUGGAGUGGAGGUUGGGUUCAAAUUCGCGACCAAGACUGUCAUCUAUCUGCUGAACCCGUGCCAUGUCAUGACCAUGGUUCAGAUCUUCCUGCUGGCCUGCCCGCCCGGGAAAACAGCCAUGGUUGUGUUUAGGCUGCAGGUCCACAUGCUGAACGGAGCGUUACUGGCUCUGAUGUUCCCUGUAGUCAACACUCGACUGCUGCCGUUCGAGAAGGAGAUCUACUACAUCCAGCACUCCAUGCUCUACCUGGUGCCUCUUUACCUUUUCAGGAAAGGAGGUGCAUACAAGCCUGAACCUCUGGGGGACAUGUGGUGGGCGCUGCUCUCCACCGGCAUCCUGUUCCUCUACCACUUCCUCUUCCUGCAGGUCCUUGGCCUGGCCACUGAGGUCAACCUGAACAACAUGCUGUGCCCGGCCGUGUCCGACCCCUUUUACGGGCCCUGGUACCGGGUGUGGGCGACGGGCCACCAGACCCUGCUGACCCUCGUUCACGGGAAGGUGCUCACACUCCUCUCGCAGCACACGGGCUCCGUGUGCAGAUCCGUGCUGGACACGCUGCGACUGCGCAGCAAGAAAGUCGACUGAAUGUCCACGAGGAUGCGCACUCACAGACCUAGCCUUCUCAUUCUAAACGCCUGCUCUCCUCAUUGUUUUUUAAAAACCAACAUUUUAAUGCAUCUUUUGAGAUGUACUAUCUGUGAGCAUUUCAGGGCCAGUGAAUCAAUGUGUCAUUAUUUUAGUGUCGUAGUCGGCUUGCAUACAUACUUGCAUGCACAAUAAGCAUUUUAAGGCUGGUAGUUUGUGGACAAAUAUUUUUUUUUAUUUGUUUUGGAAUAUGAGAAGUGAAUCUGAGGGAGAUUUUUCGAGCUGCCUUUUUGUAAAAUGUAAAGAUUUAAGGACAGGAAAACACUCAAACGUCACUACUGAUCUUGUUACUCUUUGAGCUCUUUACGUGGUAGUUAUGCUAAGAUCACACGUUAGUGACUGCCAUUUUAUUUGUCUCGUCUUGAAACAGAUCGUGAAUGUUGUAAAAAAGUCAUUUGUAGCCGGAGGAUUGUUUUUUGUUCCUCGUGUAUGAUCGCCUCCAGUGUUGUCAUGACUGAAAAGUUAUUUAUGGCGUCCCUCUGUCCAGCACACACACAGGGUGUGAAAGUUGGCUGUCUCUUUCUGUCUCCAGCCCGUUCAGAUCAUUCCAGUUGUGAUAAUCAGGGGACACGAGGAUGUAUUACGAGUCAAAGUGCUGAAUGAGGAUUUUUGGAGCUGCACUGGGGUGUCGUUUUUUACCUCUGCCAACUGAGGAGGUUUCUGUGGUGUCAUUUUGUUGUGACAUUGGACCAUAUUCAGUGGGGUGGUCGGGAUGAAUGUGACGUUUGACCAAACAUGCAUCGGGGCUGGAAUCGUGCAUCAUGACACUUGAAUAGAAUUUAUAGCUCAAAGUUUAAUCUCCACGCCACCACAACUAUGUGACAAUGAGUCACGCGCUCAGUUUAGUUAAAAAAAAGCAUCAGAUGAUCUGCAUGAAGUCACUUUGGGUCAUUUAUUGAUGCCUAAUUUGAGAGAAAGUAUUGGUAUAUUUCAGUCACGGUGUGUAUCAUUUCAAGUGUUGGGGUGUGUGUUUAUCUGUAGCAUAUACUGUACUUCACUGUAAAGAAGGGAUAAGACAAACUUUUGUAUUUCUAUCAGUUUGAGUGUAAGUGCUGUAUUGACAAUUAAAGUGAUUUCAGUUGACUAAA